CUGUAACAGUGAAAUCAAUAUUAACACACCUGAUUGAAUUUACCUUCCUAGUUAGCGUACCUUAUCCAGGCGAGAUUACACAGUAAUAAAACAAUAAUGGGAGAUCUUCUUUAAUCUCUUGGACAGCAGAAAAGAUGUAAUACAAACUCUUGUGGGAGGAUCAGAUUACUUGUAUAGGUUGUUUGAUAACAUAAAACAAUAAUGGCUUGUGCAGAAGUUGUGUCAGAACCAUUGUUAGUGGCCGCUAUUGAUUUCGGUACUACCUUUUCUGGAUACGCCUUCCAGACUCGAGCAGACUUCAAGGAGGAUCCACUGAGGAUUCAUGGAUUCAGCUGGACCACUGGGUCAAAUGCUGGACUAUCACUUAAAACUCCAACAUGUGUUUUGUUUGAUCCCGCUCAGAAUUUUUAUUCAUUUGGAAUCGAGGCUGAAGACAAAUACACAGAGCUUGCACAAGAAGAGGACCACGCAAACUGGUACUACUUCCGUCGAUUUAAAAUGAACUUAUACAAAUGCCAGGAAAUUCCACGUGACUUAAUGUUAGAAGAUGACAAAGGUAAACUUCUCCCAGCAAUGAAAGUGAUAUCGGAAAGUAUCAAAUUUAUGAGGGAACAUUUAAUGAGGACCCUUAGUAAGAAAGGACAGGAUGUGAUAAGACCUACCGAGAUUAACUGGGUCCUUACUGUCCCUGCCAUAUGGAGCGACGCUGCUAAACAAUUUAUGAGAGAGGCAGCUGUUAAGGGAGGCAUACCUAACAGUCAGUUAAUGCUUGCCCUUGAACCGGAGGCUGCUUCUAUCUACUGCAAACAUAUCCCUAGUGAGAGAAUGGUUUGUGGUGGGAAAUCAACUUUAGACGCAUUCUCUCCCGGAACCAAAUACCUUAUUCUGGAUGCUGGAGGAGGUACAAUAGAUAUCACUGUACAGGAAGUACAAACUGACGGCACUAUCAAACAACUGUACAUGGCCAAUGGCGGUGAUUGGGGUGGAACCAAAGUGGACGAAGCUUUCGAGGAAUUCUUGGUAGAUUUAUUAGGAGCACCAGCCAUUUCCCGCUUCCGAGAGGACGAUAAAGCGGGACAUCUUGAUCUCCUCAGAGAGUUUGAAAUUAAGAAGCGAAGCAUUAAACCAGACUCGUCUUCGAAGGUAACAUUCAAAGUACCAAUAUCUUUAAAAGACGCACACGAAAAGGAAACCGGACAAGAUUUGAAGGAAUCUAUGUCAAGGUCAACAAAACGUGUUGCAUGGGUUGGUGACAAGCUUCGAAUGGAAGCAGAUUCGGCAAGAGAACUGUUUAAAUCACCAUGUAACUACAUUACGGAACAUUUGGAAGAAAUAUUUGGUGACCCGAAAGUAAGAGGAACAAAUAUAAUAUUAAUGGUGGGAGGAUUUUCCGAUUCACCCAUGUUACGUGAUGCAGUGGAAAGCGCGUUCCCGGGGAAAAUCAUCAUCAUUCCAGAUGAAGCUGGAUUGGCGGUACUGAAGGGAGCAGUCCAAUUCGGUUUCGAACCCAGAAUAAUUUCUUCUAGAAUAUGUAAAGCAACGUACGGAGUUAAGACUAAUUCGCCUUUCAAAGAAGGAGUAGACCCAGAUGAUAAGAAAGUGAUAGAAGAAGGCGACGUCUUAUGUUCUGAUCGUUUUGAUAGGCACGUAGAAAUCGGACAGCCUGCUGGAUUAGAUGAAGAGUUUGGGGAACAAGUUUACGUACCCUGCCGUUCAAAUCAAACAGCGAUGAGAGUAGAAAUUUGGACAUCAUUACAUAAAAAUCCAAGAUAUACCACUGACCCUGGUUGUAUGUAUCAUGGUGAAUUAAAUGUCCAAAUGCCCGACACCACAGGGGGAAAGAACCGUAAAGUAGGCGUUAAAAUGAUUUUUGGGAGAACCGAGCUGCAGGUGCGCGCUGUCAACAAAGCAACAGGAGAGGAAACAAAGGCUGAAUUUGACUUUUUGCGAUGAAUUUUAUUAAACACUUGAACGGAUUAUAUUUACAUUUAUCGUUUUGGUAGAAACACAAUUGUAGAACUAUUACUAUUAAAAAAGUAAAUCUUA